CUUUUAUAGGCUGCAGACACCAGCUCACCAGCCACACUUUGCACCACCGCAGCUGCCCAGGUCGCCUUCAGCUACAUUUGGAAAAGUGAUUCAAAAUGACAAUGAUACUGGGUUACUGGGAUACUCGCGGGCUUGGCCAGCACAUCCGCCUCCUGCUGGAGUACACCGGAGACAAGUAUGAGGAAAAGCAAUACGUCUGUGGGGAAGCUCCCGACUACGACAAGAGCCAAUGGACUGACGUUAAAUUCAAACUUGGAAUAGACUUUCCCAACCUACCCUACCUGGUCGAUGGAAACAGGAAAAUACCGCAGAGCAAUGCUAUCAUGAGAUACAUUGCUCGUAAGCACAACAUGUGUGGCGAGACUGAGGACGAAAAGAUCCGAGUGGACGUCCUGGAGAAUCAGGCCAUGGACCUCAGGCUUGCCUUUAUUAGGCUGACCUACUUGAACAUUGAUCAGAAGCCAGAGUACCUGAAGAAUCUGCAGUGUACACUGAAGCAGUUCUCGGAUUUCCUCGGAGGAAGAAAGUGGUUUGUUGGUGACAAGAUCACUUUUGUGGACUUCAUUAUGUACGAGCUGUUGGAUGAACACAGGGCCCUUGAGCCUAAAUGCCUGGAGAACUUCAAGAACCUCAAUGAUCUAAUGAAACGUUUUGAGGCUCUGGAGAGGAUUGCUGCCUACAUGAAGUCACCAAAAUUCAUGAAGGGUCCGAUAAACAACAGGAUGGCCCAGUGGGGAAAGUAACAAGGGUGGCCGAGAAAGAAAAAUGUUAAUUAAUGCAACUGCUGAAAUACAAUCAAUGUUAACUUUGCUUGUACCCUGCUUUAAUCACAGUACACUGCCAAAAAUAUUUUCAAGCCAUUCCUAAACUCAUUAAUGGUUUUAGGUUUGUGAGGAAAAAAUAAUAAUUUGCACUGAUAUCAUGAGGAAGUUGAAGUGAAAGGAUUUUCCAGUGAAAGCACUGAUUGUUAAAACUGAACACAUUUUUUUAAACAGAUUAAAGAAACUGUUGUUCCGAC